AUGUUGCAGUCGCUUGCUUCAUGGCGGGCCGCGAUAUCGCGUGAUGAUUACCUGCAUGUGCGAGUCAAGCGUUUAGUGGUCUGGGCUGAAAGCCGCAGCAUCGUCGAGCUCCAGCUGACAGCCGCGUCGCAUCCGGAAGCGGAUCUCUACGCACUGGCGUUGCCGCACUUCUGCACGUCCCGCUUUCUCUGCGCUCCGGAGUUUCGGAAUCUGGUGGUCGCUUGCAGAGGAUCCUGCCGGACCCUGGCUCGGCCGGACUUGCUCGAGCCGCUCAUGAAGGUGUCGGAGCUCGGGUAUUGCCAAAUCCAAGGCCUUUCUCAAACAGCAACGAAGCGUCUGGCCUGGCUGGACGAAGGCAUCCGCAAAGCACAGGCCAGCAUGAGGACCUUGGGCCUUUCGUCGCUGACACCGUUGAAAGCGGAGAUGAAAGUUGGCGAGCCGGUCGGUGAGACCACUUUUGCUCAUGCCCUGCUGGAGCCCACGGCCUCGCUUGUGGGCGACAACAACGAGCAGGGCGACAGCUUCGGCGCCCGGUGCCUGCUCUCUGAGGGUGCCGCCUUCCUUACGCGUGCGCGGGCGCUGAGGCCCGAGAAUGUGCCCCUUCUUCGCCGGAAGCGCUUCCGCCGGGCCUUUGCAAAGCACCGUGAACUUAUCCGCGCAGCUGCUGAUGGUGCUGUCCGGGACAGCAAAGGCCAUGAGCCGGAGGUGUUCUGGAAGCUGGCCAGCUGGUUGGUGAUCAUGGAUGCCUGGUUCGAAAACCUGCCGCUGGUGGCCAGCCUGUCUUCGCUGCGUGAGUCACUGGUGACCCACAUAGCGCCGCUGACGGCCUGGCUGGUUCGGCCUCACCGCGGCCCCCUACUGGGUCGAGCCAUGCCGCCGCCAGAUCCUCCGGAUGCGGUUCUGAAGGACCAGGAGAAGGUGCUCCGAAGCUUCAGCUUGACGCAAGAAGGCGAUGCCGAAGCACCACCGACGGGACCGAAGCCGGUGAUAGAGGUAACACCGCAGAGAGAACCGAGACCGAAGGUGACGACCGAAGCCGUCCCGUUCCUGGUAGGGCGCUGGCUGAAGGAGAACUCGACGUUGGACUACGAAGAGAUCUGUGCACACACGGUGGUGGAGACUGACAGAUCCAGCGAGGUUCGAAUGGACGAGAUCUUUGGCGGGGACUCCGGCACGCUGGCGUACUCCAGUGAUGAGGAGGAUGCGGACAUGAGCCCUUCGCCGCGCACUCUCUGA